AUGGCACGCCCAAUCUACUUGAUCGUGUUCCACUCCCCAAUUUUCCCAGCUCAUUGGGCAAUGUGGAUUCCCCAGUUCGUGGAGGGCGCUGUCGGAAAUACUGGCAAGACAGUCAAUGUUCAAGGCAGCCCAAGUGAAGGGUUUGUUCAUGAAAUUGACAGAAAUUAUGACCUUACCCUUGAGACGCGCCGCUACUCGACAAUAUUUCUUUGCAACAUCUUGUCCAGUAGUAUGCGACCUUCCCUUUUGUUGGUCGUGGAUAGCGAGGAAGAAUAUGGUGGACAGGAUGAACCAAUAGAUGACCUCGAGAAAGCUGCACUCGCAAUCGAGGCCCCUGCACCGAGUCUCCGGAAUGCAUCCAAAGCUCCAGGUUGCCCAGGUCGGGUGCCCCUCACUUUUAUUAGUCAUCAUUGCGACGCCCCAGGGCCAUCCAUCACAGCUGCCACCCCACUUCCUCGCGUCUACCUAGUUGUGGAAGUCUUUGUACGUUACAAACAUCUUGCCAUCCGCAACAGUGAGGCUACAAGCCUUUUCAUUACUACCCCAAAACGUCCCGUUAUUCUUGCCAACCAUCUCAAAAACGAGAUGUCUUGCACGCAUAUCAACUCAGCAGAGCUGCAUCCCCCAAAUGCUGUCCAACCUGUGUAUAGAGAGGACUGCACGCAAUGCUUCGACUCCGUAGAUGAUCCUUUGGGUCUGGAUGUUUGCCUUUAUUGUUUUAAUGGUGGCUGCACGGCGGAUCGACAACAUGGGGCUCUUCACUACACGACAAAAAACCAUCCUCUGGUAUUGAAUAUCAGAAGGACGAGAAGACCUCUCGUUAGGGAUGAACCGCCACAGAAGAUAUCGAAAUUGUCCAUUGCGGCUGAGACUGAAGCGGACCGGUACGAUUACACGACGGUAGUUCGAUGCUAUGCCUGUAAUGUGGAUGACGUUGACAGAUCUGCUGGGCUGUUGCCACCCGUGGUUGAGGGCGUACUGAAGUCGAAUGCGUUUUCGAGGCAUGAAGAGAUCAAGGCGUGGGAGUUAGAGCUUACAAGUUGCGAGCAUAUCUUGACCUUGCAACAAGAACCUGCUAGGCGAAUCCAAUCUCAGGAUCUCGGACAUUGCUCAAUGUGCGACCUACAGGAAAACCUUUGGCUCUGCUUGGAGUGUGGCAAUCUUGGAUGCGGGCGCGAACAAUUUGGUGGAAUUCGUGGUAAUUCUCACGGAGUAGCCCACAUAAGUACUUCAGGUCACUCGACAGCUGUCAAACUUGGAUCAAUCACUCCAGAUGGCACUGCAGAUGUCUACUGCUAUAAGUGUGACGAAGAACGGCUCGACGACGAUCUCGGACGACACCUUGCUCACUGGGGAAUAAUUUUGGCUGACAGGGAAAAGACUGAGAAAACAUUGACUGAAAUGAACGUGGAGCAAAACUUACGUUGGGAAUUCACCAUGACCGACGAAGAGGGUCGGGAGCUCAAGAAGUUGUUCGGUAAGGACCUAACUGGACUAAAGAACCUCGGAAACAGUUGUUAUCUUAACAGUACGCUGCAAUGUUUGUUUGCUAUGCCACAAUUCCAAGCACGUUAUUAUUUGCCCGAGGAUGAUCUACCAGCCGUCGAUGACCCGGCUCAAGACCUGGAAACACAACUUCGCAAGCUCGCUGAUGGCCUGAUAUCAGGUCGGUACUCCAAGGCAGAAUCAAAUCGGGAGUCGGAUGCUGCACAACCUCAUGGUGAUGAAGAGCCAUCCUACCAAAGCGGGCUGGCUCCAGCAAUGCUAAAGUAUCUAGUUGGGAGAGGGCAUGAAGAGUUCUCUACAAUGCGUCAGCAGGAUGCCUUUGAGUUUCUUCUCCACAUUUUCAAGCUCAUUACGCGCUCCAAGCAUGUAUCUCCACAAACAGAUCCAACCAGUGCUUUCAGAUUUGUUAUGGAACAGCGACUGCAGUGCCUCGCUUGCAAGAAAGUCCGGUACAGAACGGAUGAACAAGACAAUAUUUCGGUUCCUGUACCUAUCCGUAGAAUCUCGUCAACUGCUACUGGAGAGAGUGAGGCUCGAAAAGAUGAAUACGAAGCAGUGUCUUUGAGAGAAUGUCUUGAUACUUUCACGUCAGAAGAGCAUGUCGAGCUUACUUGUUCAGCAUGCGGCAGCAAAGACGGGUUCUCCAAACGCUCACUUUUCAAGACCUUUCCGGAUGUUCUAGCCGUUAACGCUCGACGAUUCGUGAUCGUCAAUUGGGUACCUACCAAAGUCGAUGUUCCAGUUGUUGUUGGGGAUGAUACGUUUCUGCUCGACGAUUACAGGUCCUCUGGACCUCAAUCAUCCGAGGAAUUGUUACCUGACGAUGGCAGCGAACGUCCUCUAGGAUUCAUUGCUAAUGCAGAUGCGGUACAACAGCUAGAGACAAUGGGAUUUCCGAAGAAUCGGUGUGAAAAAGCGUUGCAUGCAACGGGAAAUUCAGGCGCAAAUUCGGCAAUGGAGUGGCUUUUUGCUCACAUGGAAGACUCCGAUAUUGAUGAUCCAUUAGAUCUCAGCGGCCCUUCGGCUACAUCUGUUGGACCCGAACCUGAAAAGAUCGAGAUGCUUGGGGCAAUGGGGUUCGGACCACCUCAGGCUCGCAAAGCCCUGAAAGAGACUAAUGGAAAUGUUGAGAGAGCUGUCGAAUGGUUAUUCAGCCAUCCAGACGAUCAAGGAGAAUUCGAGGAUGACAAGUCUCCAGUGCCAGUUGAAAAAAAUGCUCCCGGUAGCAGUGAGCUCCCUGCCAAGUUUCAGCUCCAAUCCAUAAUCUGCCACAAAGGGGUUAGCAUUCAUGCAGGCCAUUAUGUAGCAUUCAUCCGCAAGGUGAUUCCGGGAGAAGAGGUCGCCGCAUGGGUUCUUUAUAACGAUGAGAAGGUUGUCAAGGCUGUCGAUGUGGAGGAAAUGAAGAAGUUUGCAUAUGUUUACUUUUUUCGGCGGGUGUGA